AUGUCCAAUGACACAAAGGAAGAAUACUUGAGUAUUGGCGGCAACAGGCACACGUCAGCAUCGGCCUGGCAUGCUAAGAGUGCUUGCCUUGCAUUUGGCGCCGAUCAGAACAUUGCGCUCUGGCAACCAUUGAACAAGUCGUGCCGUGGUGUUCAUGUAUUACUCAAAGGCCAUGCAGACAAAGUCACUGCUGUUUCCAUCAAGGACGGUGCACAGCCAAUUUUGAUCAGUGGGGCUGCUAAUGGCGAACUCAUCUUGCGUUCUUGGGAACCGAUUUCUGGUGGCAGCAGAAUUCUGCAUACCACCAAAGCGCAUGAUGGAGCAGUGAACGUACUUGCAAGCUUAAACGAUUCUCCCUACUUUGUGACUGGUAGUGCUGAUGCUACCAUCAAAGUAUGGAGGCACAGUGACAUGAGCACUGAGCUCGUAACGACCAUCAAGCCAAAGCCACGAUUCAUCCCAUUGGCACUCGCAAUCGGUACCUUUCCACAUACCUCGCCUGAUCGUGGUGUCUUCGUUGUCGCUGCUGGUACUAGGAACGACAUGUUUGUCUAUGCUCUGUCCAAUCUGAGCGAGUCUGCUAGUGUGACAUUAGCAUGCUCUUUAACCGGACACGAAGGCUGGAUUAGAUCAUUAGCAUUACGAGGUUCCGACGAUGGAGGAUAUAUGCUUGCGUCCACAAGUGCUGAUAAAUAUGUUCGGAUCUGGCGGUUCCAGUCUAGCAAUCGUGUCCCUCAGCAAAACGGCAUCGUGAGCAAGGCUAUCAAUAAUGUCGAGAGCACGCUCACUGCCAAGGUCAAAACAGUAGGUGUGGCAGACCAAAACUACUCGGUAACGUUCGAAGCUCUACUCCUCGGACAUGAAGAUUGGGUGUACUCCGCUGAUUGGCAGGAUAGUAUGGAUUCGAAAAUCCUCACUGCAUCCGCCGAUGGUACGUUAGCAAUAUGGCAAGCUGACCCGACUUCUGGCAUCUGGGUCAGUGAGACACGUCUCGGCGAGAUCAGUGGUCUGAAGGGUGCGACUACAGCCACUGGAUCUUCUGGUGGCUUCUGGAGUGGCAGAUGGAUAUCCGAUGGAGAAACCACAGCUGUCAUUAGCCUAGGUAGGACAGGCAGCUGGAGGAUAUGGCAUUACGACUCUACUGCAGAUUUCUGGAACCUGAUGCCCGGUAUUGGCGGCCAUAUCGCAUCCGUGAAUGGAUUGAGUUGGUCUCCACAAGGUGAGUAUCUGCUGUCCACAAGCUCGGAUCAAACCACUAGGUUGCAUGCUGAACGGAGAAGAGGCAACGACAGAAGUUGGCAUGAGUUCAGCAGAUGUCAAAUACAUGGCUAUGACUGCAACGUCGUGACAUGCAUCAGCUCGUCUCAAUUUGUUUCUGGUGCAGACGAGAAAUUACUGCGCGUCUUCAACGAGCCAAAAGAGCUCGCAGACACGCUACAUCGUCUCUGCGACAUCGCUUUGCCCGAGACUUCAUCUUUACCAGAAUCCGCCGCUAUACCUGUCCUUGGCCUAUCAAACAAGGAGAUAGGUGAAGCCGAUGACAUAAUCGAGGCCGGCCCACGACGCGGCGACGACGAAUAUGCUGCAGCAAGUGCAUUGGCUCGAAUAUCCCUACAAGGCAUCAACGAGCCUCCGAACGAGGAUCUACUGUCACGCCACUCACUCUGGCCAGAACACGAGAAGCUCUACGGUCAUGGCUACGAGAUCAGCGAAUCCGCCUACAAAGACGGCAUACUAGCCACAGCUUGCAAGGCGAGCUCUAUCGACCACGCCACAAUCCGCCUCUACGACCCGGACAAUGACUGGCGACAGGUCGAGCCACCGCUCACCGCACACUCGUUGACCGUCACGAGGCUAGUCUGGAGUUCAGGACCUAACAGCUACCUGCUAAGUGUGGGAAGAGAUCGUCAAUGGACUGUGUUUAGUCGUGAUCACUCAACAGCAGCUAAGCGGCUCAAGCUCUAUCAAGCUAUGCCCAAGGCUCAUACUCGAAUGAUACUCGAUGCAGCUUGGAGCCCGAGCCACGAACACGUUUUCUUCGCUACUGCUGGUCGUGACAAAGUCGUUAAGUUCUGGGGACAUGGGUCAAGCUAUUCAAGCGCGGUUGGUUCACAGCGGAAUGAUACCGACGCUUUCGAACUCUGUACGACACUGGCAAGAUCGUCGGCCGUUACUGCUGUUGAUUUCACUGAUCGAUUCAGCAAGUCUCAUGCAGUUCUUGCAGUGGGUGAGGAGGACGGCACAUUGUCGGUGCAUGUUUUCAAUUUAGCCAGUCUGAAGCUUGAGAAGUCAUUGGAGUUAGCGAAGGAUGUUUGCUUGUCAAAGUCUGUCAACCGGCUUGCGUGGAGGCCACGUGGUAUAUCUGUCGAGACUGAGACCACAAGUGUUGAGCUAGCCGUGGCUGGAGCUGAUGGGUCGGUCAGGAUUCUGAGGAUAGACACCGCAGAAGUUUGUGAAGGCAUACUGUCAGAAUGA